AUGUCUCUAAUCAACGCUCCCAACAAGGUGCCCCAACACCAGCGAUUUUACCAGCAAGCUUACAGACAGCACAUCCGAAUCUGGAGGAUCAACCCGCGAAGCCCCUACCUACUUGUCCCUUACCAGGUCCUGAUCUGGGGCAGUUUCGGAGCCACUAUGUACAUGAUGGGACGCAAGAUUCUGGGCUACAACACAUGGUUCGACAAGAACUAG